AUGCCGUUUAUGAAAGGGAGUAUGCCUGUAAGGCGAACCUUUUACUAUCUGCAACAGGUGGGUUGGCUAGGCAUUGAUGAUUUAUCUAAUUUUAGGGAAAGGUAAUACUUCGGGAUGACGUGGAUAUAUUGUUCUUUGGAUUUCACAGAAAACCCACUCAAGAACAACAAGGAGCUCGAGACUUUGUUUUUUGGCAUUUCGGGCAGCUCCAAUACAAGAACCCUCAAAUUCAACUGUUAAAAAAGUCCGAUAUUAGCAUUACUCCUUAUGCCCAAGCAUUUUUAAGUAAGCAAAGCAAUGUAGCUUGUAUCUUUAUAUGUUUAGGAGAUGGACGUGAGGUUAUGUUCGAUUUGGAGUCCAAAACGAAGGAUGAAAUCACGGAUAUUAUUCAAAGUACAUUAGGGAAGACGGAAUUGGUAAAGAAGAGGGAAUUUCUGGAGAGAAUGCAAGAUCACAAUCCUGCCGAGUUUGGGAGUAAAUGUUCUCGGCAAUGUAUAUGUGAAGUACAAGGACAAAUAUGUUGCACCAGUGUCAUCCCAUCGCCCGAAGUUAUGAAAGGGAAAUGGAGGUGGAACCAUAAUCUCAUUUAG